AGAAAAGAGAAGCGAGGACUGGCCAGUGGAAGGGGGGGAAGAGUCCCAACAACAGGAAACUGAGCGAUUCUAAUGCACUUUCUGCAAGUCCUUCACUGAUAAAGCACCCGGCUGCCACGUUACAGCUCAAGUACAAGUCUUACUGUGUCAUUCCACACUAAAAGUUUCAAUGUUUUAACAAGUGACGCCACUUCUUGCCCUAAAGCCCCCAGCUGUGCGCUUGAGUCAAAAUGUGAGUGGAUACAGGAGCACAUUUGGGAGAAGAUUGCCGGGGACUUUAUGCAAUGGCUUUUUGAUCCAAGAGCUCACCCUCGUUGGAGGUCAUAUGGAUCCAUCGCUGUAUUUACAAGGAGCUGCUAAUCAUCUGGAUCGCUAACUGGAACCACAUGAAGAAUAAAGGGACCAAGCAGAAGACCAAGAAGAAAGGAAAUGCGUUCGGCUGUGACCUGACAGAACAUAUCCAGAACUCAGGACACGAUGUUCCUCAGGUUCUACAGAAAUGUGCAGAGUUUAUCGAGAAGCAUGGGAUUGUUGACGGGAUCUACAGGUUGUCAGGGGUCACCUCCAACAUCCAGCGGCUCAGACAGGAAUUCAGCUCUGAGGCGUGCCCUGACCUUACAAAGGAAGUGUACCUCCAGGACAUCCACUGUGUGGGUUCCUUAUGUAAGCUGUACUUCAGGGAACUACCGAAUCCUCUGCUCACCUAUGAGCUAUACAGCAAAUUCACGGAAGCAGUGUCCGUCUGUGGGGAUCAUGAAAGACUUCUACACAUUCAAAAGGUGGUCAAGGAAUUGCCAACCCCACACUUCAGGACUCUGGAGUACCUUACCAAGCAUUUGGCCCGCCUCGCUACCUUGAGUGCCCAGACCAACAUGCACACACGGAAUCUGGCCUUAGUUUGGGCUCCUAAUCUAUUGAGAUCCAAAACAGUUGAGGCCUCAUCUGGUAAUGGAGAUAUGGCUUUCCAGGAGGUGCGAAUACAACAGUCGGUGGUGGAAUUCAUUCUAAACCACACUGAGCAGAUCUUUAGUGGCGAUUCUGUACUGAUGAAACCUAAAGAAGGGCCAAGUUUGAUGUGUGGGGAGAAGUACGCCACACUUCCUAUCAGCGGGCAAUGCGGGCCGAUGAAACUGAUGAGCCUCGAAGAAGCCCAGGCCCGCACUUUAAGUCCGAACCAUCCUGUGCACAGAGAACGUCAGCGAGAGAACAGCCUGCCCGAUACCAGCACGGCCACGCUCUACCACACCGUCAUAGAGUUGGACAGCAAGAGGAAGUUUUCAGGGAAAUCUAAGAAAUGGAAAUCCAUCUUCAAUUUGGGACGGUCAGUGGACUCCAAAGGAAAACUGAGCAGGAAUGGCAGUGUGUUCAUAAGAGCUCCAGGGUUAACAGAAAAGGCAUCUCUGCGACCAUCCAGAAGCAUGGAGUCACUGUGCUCCUUGCCAACAGAUGAUGACAGAACUGCGAACAAUCCAUCAGGGGGACAAGGCAACAUUUUUGCUCCAGAUGUAAAAUCAAGAACUCUGGGAUGUGAUUCUCUUUACAACUUGAGCGAACAAGACCACAACUGGGAGUUUAAGGGGAAAAAAUCUAGUGGAGCAAUAGGUGGUUGGAGCUCUGGCUUGAGUCAAAAAGUCUCACCAGCUGCCUCGGCAGCCCCUCAAAGAACACUGCCAGAGCAACUGAAGGUGUUCAAAGGAGAUGACCUGAGCGGCUACCAGCCUACAUCCCCUAAAAGCAGGAGGAUGUUGUACUCGGGUUCGUCCUACAACAGCUCCUCUCGGCCUUCCUUCCCAGGAAGCUUCUUCCCACUAGAGUCAUCGCCAAGGCAUCAGAGAAGAGCCGUCAAUAUAUCGGAGCCUUUCGCCGUGUCAGUGCCACUGCGUGUGUCAGCCGUUAUCAGCUCCAACAGCACGCCGUGCAGAGGGCUUGCCAAGGAUAAGAUGGCCGCAGCGAGCCUGAAACCCUGCAGAGAGAACUCAGAGCAGAGCACCUGUGGAAAAAGUAACAUGUUUCCUCAACUGGAGCCUGACAAGAGAGAAGGGACGAAGAAGAAAGACUUACUGGAGCUGGCCCAAAAGGUCUCAUCAAAGGACACUAGCAAUGAUGUCGACCAGGAACCUCAGGAAGUGAGUAAGACUCAACUGGAAGAGUCUUCCAUUGUGAGUGAAGGCACGGAUGCAACGCCAUCUAGUGGACAACAACUGGACAAUCAGCUUUUCAUUGCUCAACAGGAUAUGGAAUUAUCCACGGAAAAGGAGCUUUGGUCUGACCUCCACCAAGAACUGAAGACAAACAAACCUGAAACUGACCAGCUGGAUAAGACUUCUGUUUUAACUUAUGAAAACAAGAGGUUAACCAUGGAUGUAAAGUCAAAAAGAAGUCGCAGCUCUCCAUCGUUGUCUUUAUUAUGCAAGGACCAGUCCUCAAAUACCUCUCUCAAUGAUCGUCUUAAUGCUUACAGGUCUGGAUCCACAAAGAAACAGCCUUCUGAGUCAGAUAUCCUAUUUUCCCUCCAUAAAAAUGAUGUUUGGGUCAAUGGAAACAGAAAAAGUGUCAGCCUUACUCUGGAUGAAGCAGACAAGACGGUUCAGAAGAUCUUGCCACUAAUUCCUCCUUUGGAUAAAGAUGCAGCUCACACCGAGCCGCAACUUCUUUUAAAGGAAACAUGUUUAAGCGAUGUAACAAAUGCUACAUGUGACCACUCUCUAGCAGUUGAUGACCAAAGACAACCAGAGGAACACAAAAGUCCUGAAGGAGACAAAAAUGUCUUAUGUGAUGUGGAGACAAUAACUGAUGUUAUUUCAAGGAUUUCCGUGUGUUUGGAGGAAAGACCCAACUCUCUGGAGCUGCCCAUCCAUGAUGAGGAUGAAGGAUGUGCAGGACACUCUGAAGAGUUGGACCUGGUGGAGCCCUGGGAUGACCUCAGCUCCACCAAGCAGUGGGUCACUAGCCCACUACACUCACCUGAUUUGGAGGAACUGUUCAAACAGCAGUCACUGAUUAGCUCUGGAGAAGGUACUUUGAAUUCAGAUGAAGAACGGACCUCAUUUUAUUCACACAAACAAUCCAACAGAACAUCUCUGGCAAAGAGCUUGUCGGUAAACAUUCCUCAAGCAUCCAGCACCAAACAUGAAAAUAAAUGGUCCUGUUUGCCUAAUUCUUCGCAACCCAGCAUCAAUGGCAGCAAUGCAACAUCAGUUGCAGUGGGCAGAACCAGCACAACAAAACAGAAAUCAUCUCAGCGGUUUCACAGACAGAUGUCUUAUGAAGCAGCAGCUCCAGAAAAAAGAGAAGAACACUUUUCUAAACACAGACCAUGCUCCCUGAACUUGGAUCUGGGACCUCGGUGCAUUAGGGAUAUUUCUAAUCAGCAAAGCAGACCUUCAUAUGAGAUUUCCUCCUAUCAGAGGAGUUUGUCUGUAAACAAUGGGCUCCUCUCAGAGUUGGAUUUGUUCCUGAAUGAUCGUCAGGCACCUUUGCGGCGGAACUCAGCCCCUGUCAGUGUGUCAUCAGUCCGGACGGCAUUCAUGAUAAAGACAUGCCAAGCCAAAGCCGUGCCUGUCAUACCUCCAAAGGUGCAGUACAGUCAGAUACCUUACUCUAGGAGAGAUGGUGACUUUGACACAGCGAAGGAGCAAGACAAGGAGUAUACUAAAACAAGUACAGAGAAAAGUCAUGCGGCACCUCUUCCCAUAAUGACUGACCUGAAGGAGGAGUUAGAGAAUAAAGAACCUGUGCCUGAACACCAAACCCCAACAAAUACCGAGAAAGCUGCUGAGACCACGAGAACUGCGAGCACUCCAGAGCUGCCAGUCAUCAAAAGGCGACACGCUCCCAGUCUUGAGGUGUUUGUUGAUUGUCCCAGACCCAACAGACCAAACCUUUUACAGAGGCCGUCUUUUAGGAACCGGCAAAGACCACAGAGUCUGAUCCUGUUCAGUCCCCCUUUUCCCAUCAUGGAUUACCCUCCAUCAGGGGAUGAUGGCAAGCUUCUGUCAUCCAUCAAGAGUCUGAAUGAGGCAUCGGUAGUGAAGGAGGUGCCAGGCGAGGGAAUUGCUCUCCAAAAUAAAAUGACUAUUCCAAAAAGUGGUCAGAGACUAGAAACAUCAACCAGCUGCUUCUACCAGCCGCAGAGGAGAUCCAUGGUAUUUGACAGCAGGAACCACAGACAGAUAGAGUGACCAUGCAGACUGGCUGAAUGUAAAUAGCCCUACUGAGACACAUACAGUAUCUCACAAAAGUAAGAACACCCCGAACAUUUAAAGGAAAACUGCACAUUUUUGGAAUUUUGCCAAUUAUCCACAGUCCUUAUGUGGGACAUGAACGCACGUCUCUCUUUUCUGUGUGUUCUAAAUAUUGGAAAAACUGCUAGCAGAAGGGAACUAUUAAUGCAAUGUAAUAGGAUUCACCUAUUCUGUCUCUACGGCCCUUUAUCAAAACACCUCUAAAAACUCUCAACAACAUUUUAUCGUUUUGUAUAAGUAUUGUGAUCAUGUAGUAAAAGAGACAUUCAUGAUAACACGUAAUACAGAAUUUUGACUACUUUGACACCCUCCAGGCAGAGAUUAAUGUUGCUGGGUGCUAGGCAGAUCCAGCCAUAGUGAAACAUUUAACCAUUCUCAUAGCGUUCGCAUGAAGCACUAGUGCUAAACGUUUCAUAGACAAAAUAAAACAUAAUAAAAGUCACAAUGUACGCUCUCACUGGGAAGAAGACUGAUCGUGCUAGCUGUUGUUCGUUCUUUAGAACGCACAGAAAAGAGCAAGAUGUGUGUGUUCAUGUCUCACAUAAGCAUUGUGGAUGAUGGGCAAAAUUCCCCCCCAAAAAAGUGCAGUUUUUCCUUAAGCAACAACUUUAUUAUAUAAAAAUUUGACUUGGAUAUAACUUACGUGACACCUGGGAAAGUAGUACAGAUUUACUGUCCUCUGAAAAUGACUCAACACACAGCCAAUAUUGUCUAAAUAACUGGCAAUGCAAGCGGGUACACCUCACAGUAAACAUACUGUAUACUGUACAAAUUGGGUUUUUGGUAUCAAUAUGUAGCGUGUACACCACUGGUGUCUAGCACAACCGGGAUCCCCUUGGGCAUGAUAUUCCCCAGAGCUGCGCAGAUUGUUACUGAAAUCCUCUUCCAAUCCCCCAUGAUGACAUCACUGUUGGAUGUUAGACACCUUUUGCUCCUCCGCCUACCACUUGAGGAUGUUCAACAGGUGCUCAGUUCGGUUCAGGUCUGAAGACAUACUUGGCUACUCCAUCACCGUCAACUUCCUCAGCAAUGUGCUUGUCAUCUUUGGAGGUGUGUUUGGGCUCUUUAUCGUGCUGGAUAACUGCCGUUGGGCCAAGUUUCCCAAGGGAGGGGAUCAUGCUCUGCUUCAGAAUGUCACAGUACAUCUUGGAAUUCAUGUUACCCUCAAUAAACCGCAGUUUCGCAAUGCAGCAGUCAUGCAACCCAUAGACCAUGACACUACCACCACCAUGUUUGACUGUCAAAAAGACACAAUUAUCACCUGUCACUCAUGUUGCCAGCUUUUUAGGCAACAUUGGUUGUGUGUUGACUCAUUUUCAGUGGAUAAAUCUAUACUACUGACUACUGUAAAGUAUGUCCAACUUUCAUGUUUUUUAGUAUUCCUUCAGGAAAUAUACCAUUGUAAGAAUUGUUGCUGAAAUGUUUGGGGUGCGUUCCACUUUUGCAAUAUACUAUAUGAUAACAUUUAGUAAAUCAUAGUACCGUAUACUAUUUUAUAGAAAGUUUUGAGGGCUAUUAAAUGAGUCCUUUACACAGCCAUGAAGUAUUUAAGAGAAAUGUAAAUUUAUGUGAUUUGAGGUUUUACUGUAAAGGCGACACCAUCUGAGAAUACCACGAGAAAAUGCUUUAGUACAAAUGCUAAACUUUUUCCAUACCAUAUUCAGUCAGCUGUAGAAUUGACUUCAAUGCUCAUAUUUUAUACUUGAAAAUCAACAAAGGUUAGUCCGGUGAGUGUCAUAUAGACAUACUCUAGCUUUUUGUGAUUUACUGGAAAAUUACUUUUUUAACUAAUUUGCUGCUUUCAUGCAUGAAGACCAGGUUGCAUUUACAAGCACAAAAGCCCAAUUUUCACUAAGCCGUGCAGUUCGGUUCCACUGUCCUUGUGAAGGGUACCAAAAUAGAGUGGUACCAUGCGACAUUUUGGCACCCUUUCACUAAUAUACACGGUGGUACGGUACCUCAAGGUAGGCCUAGAUACAACACAGUGGCCGAGAUAAAAACACUACCUUGGGGCCACAACAGUAUUAAGUACAACACCAAUAUUUGCUUUUAUUUUGUUGAAUUCGUUGGCGGCUACACUGUGUUGUGCUGCUAUGAUGUCACACUAUUCGUGAUGGAGCAGGACUAGAUGUAGCCAACCGUACCGUGACAAGCUGAGCUGAACUGUAUCGCUUUAGUGGAAACACAACUUGGAAGAUUCUGUGCUGUAAUACAACGAAAAUGAGUUAUCAAAAGCCGGUGUUUGUUCUUCGGUCUUUUGGAUCACAGGAAGUAUACAAAAAGUGAUAACGCCGCUGUUUAACAGUUAACCUGCACUGGUUAUAUAGCUAUGAUCAUAUAGAUUGCAGGAAAUGUACUGCUGAAGAUGUGUUUACUGGUAACAUGAAGUCAACUUUAAACGUAGAAGGAAAGCGUAUUUAGCUAUUGUAAUUAAUGUGAUAUUUAAAAGGAAAACAGUACGUUGAACGAUAAUGAAGGAGCAUUUCCUGGGUGUUUUUUUUAUGUCUUUAUAUUUUUUGUAUUCCUUUAAGUGACAAAGAUGCCAAAGCAACCUUGUGCAGGGGGGUGAGCGCAGGUGAUGGAAUCUACAGUACAUUUUUAAAAACUGCCACUGAUUCGGUUGUGCAUGCUGACUGUAUCAGUGUGUUUGGACCUUUGUGAUGCUUCAGGAUGCAUGAGAGCAUCAGAAAACAGUAUUUUUGGACCUAACUGGGCUAGGAUAAACUGUGUGUUUUAUACUGUCAUCCAAAAGUCCUGGAUUAUACACAUUUUGAUUUCUUUUCAUUGUUUGGUAAUUUUUUUUAUUAGUUGAUGCCUGAAACAUCACCAAAGUUUAAAAAAAAAAAAAAGGUAUGAGAAUAAAAAAGU